UGUUGCUACACUCGAUUAAUUGUUUGAUGACCACCAUGACUAUGGUGGUGGUGUUAUUACCUUUGUUAGCUAUAUUUCUGUAUUUGUUCAUGAGAGUUACUUAUGAAACUGUAUCAUGUUACUGGCUAACACCAAGACGCAUCAAGAAAAUCAUGGAGACACAAGGAGUGCGUGGCCCAAAACCUCGCUUUCUAGUUGGCAACAUCUUGGACAUGGCCUCUCUUGUUGCCAACGCCACCUCCAAGGACAUGGACUUCAUCAACCACGACGUCGUCGGCCGUCUCAUGCCACAUUUUGUCACCUGGUCCAAACUCUAUGGUAAAAGAUUUAUAUAUUGGAAUGGUACCGAGCCACGCAUGUGCUUAACAGAGACCGAACUCAUCAAAGAGCUUCUAUCAAAGUACAGUACCAUUUCUGGCAAAUCUUGGCUGCAACAACAAGGAUCAAAGCAUUUCAUCGGCCGCGGAUUAUUAAUGGCCAACGGAGAGGAUUGGUACCAUCAACGACACAUCGUAGCACCGGCUUUCAUGGGGGACAAACUCAAGAGUUAUGCGGUGUACAUGGUGGAAUGCACUAAGCAGAUGCUCCAAUCACUACAAAAUGAGGUAGAGCUGGGUCGAGGUGAGUUCGAGAUUGGCGAGUACAUGACUCGGUUAACGGCCGACAUCAUUUCCCGGACCGAGUUCGAUAGCAGCUACGAGAAGGGGAAGCAGAUAUUUCAUUUACUUACAGUCUUGCAGCAUCUUUGUGCACAAGCAAGUCGGCACCUGUGCCUUCCCGGAAGCCGGUUUUUUCCAAGUAAAUAUAAUAGAGAGAUAAAAUCACUGAAGAUGGAGGUGGAGAGGCUGCUAAUGGAGAUCAUACAGAGUCGAAAGGAUUGCGUGGAGAUCGGCCGAAGCAGUUCUUAUGGAAAUGAUUUGUUGGGUAUGCUACUGAAUGAGAUGCAGAAGAAGAGAUCAGGCAAUGGGUUUAGCUUAAACCUACAACUAAUCAUGGAUGAAUGCAAAACCUUCUUCUUUGCUGGACAUGAAACCACUGCUCUCUUACUCACAUGGACCAUUAUGCUACUAGCCAGCAACCCCUCCUGGCAAGACAAGGCUCGCGCCGAAGUAAAACAGGUCUGUGGUGAUGGUGCACCCUCUGUUGAUCAUCUUCCAAAGCUCACCUUGUUGAACAAGAUCAUUAACGAAUCGCUUAGGCUUUAUCCACCGGCUUCUGUGCUGCCUCGAAUGGCCUUUGAAGACAUCAAACUUGGUGACCUCCAUAUCCCAAAGGGUCUAUCAAUAUGGAUUCCGGUGCUUGCUAUCCAUCACAGUGAAGAAUUAUGGGGUAAGGAUGCAAAUGAGUUCAAUCCUGACCGGUUUUCGUCCAAGACAUUCGCAUCUGGCCGGCAUUUCAUCCCUUUUGCUGCUGGUCCAAGAAACUGUGUUGGCCAAGCCUUUGCCAUGAUGGAAGCUAAGAUCAUAUUAGCCAUGUUAGUAUCGCGGUUUAGCUUCACAAUUUCAGAGAAUUAUCGCCAUGCACCGGUUGUGGUGCUCACAAUAAAACCUAAGUAUGGAGUUCAAAUCUCUUUGAAGCCAUUGAACUAAUAAUUAAUAUAUGAAAGAUAGAGAUAUAUUGGUUGAGGUUGACCUUUGGUUUUGUUGCUCUCUUCACUAUUUUGUUUUUCUUUUCUUUUUUUCAAUUAUAGUUCUUAAUUGUGAAGAGAUAGAGAUGGAAUGAUGCUUGUAAGGAUUAAAGAAAUGAUAUUUAUUACAAUAAAAUGAGAAAAGCACAUAGUAUGAUGAAUUUGCUUUUUGGG